AAAAAUAGGAAAAUUUAUCACGAAGGUGAUGAGUGUAGAUUUGUCGUUAGACUGUCGGAAGAAACUUAACUACAACAGCCAAUUCCAGCCUGUAUCUAUAUUCGUCUAUUGACUUACCUCUACGUGCAAGUAUAUAUAUAUAUAUAUACAAACUCAAACAUGCGUGUACAUAGAGACACAUACAUAUAUAUAUUGGUGAGAGUAUUUACGAGAAAUUAAACCUUUAAUAUCUCUAUAGAGUGAAUCAGCCAUGGAUGGUACUUCAUCAUCUGGUGCACACGUGCGUUCAACAAGCUGGUCCGAAGACGUUAAUCCUCUGUCUCGAGCCAUCGAAGAUCAUCUUCUGAUACUAAAGAAAAAACCAGAGUCCGCUCGUCGGAAACUUGGAGUUUUAAAUAAUCUCUACGAGGUUGUCGAAGUUUUCCUCCGUUUUCAAACGACCAAAACUCAAAAAUCUUUCACCGGAUUUGAAGAUGUUUCCGACGGAUUCAUCGAGGUUCUUGAUAUUUGCAGCACGAUCAGAGACGUUCUGAUGGAGAUAAAGGAACAAGUUAGGGAACUCGAAUCGAGCUUGAGGAGGAGAUUGAUCAGAAGCAAAUCAGGAGAAGAUCAAGAAGCUUUCGUGGCGCGUGAGCUAGACGCUUACGUGUUUAAGAGAAGAGCAUUGAGCAGAACAAUUGUCAAACAAUUGAAGAAAACAGAGGAUAAGAUGAGGAAGAAGAAGAGAGAUUGUGGAGACGUCAUUAAUGUAAUGAAAAGAGUUGAAAAGACGAGCUUUGAUGUUUUGGUUUCUUUGUUGAUCCAAGUCGUGACGAAGGAUCAGAGAGAUGAUAAGAAGAGAUCAAGAAGAGGAAUUGUGUCGAGGGUUUUUAAUAAGAAGAAUCAAGAAGUUGAUGCGGAUGAGCUGAAGAAGUUGAGAGAAACAGAGCAUGAGAUUGAAGAAACAGAGAGAGAGUUGGAGUGUGUGUAUAAGAAACUGUUGAAGACAAGAGUUUCUUUUCUUAAUAUGCUUACUCUUUGAGAUUGUAUAGAUGUAAUUUUGUUCAUGUGAAGUAUCAUUGGCUUUAGUUUAGACAAAGAUUCUGAUAUCAUAUUGUAUUAAGGAUAUGCAAAUCAAGCUAACAUAUAUGAUUGACCACAAUCAUCUCUGUCAAAUUAUUCUCAUUAUUGUGUAAAUAUUAUGUUGCCUUGUAUAGCUCCAUUGUCUCUGUAUAAAGCUCAUGUAAUCUCAUAUCAAUAGAAUCAUCACUUUCACAACA